CCUAUCUCACCUUCACCUCAGUGGGUGCAACCCUAAACCAACCUUUGAAAAUUUGUGCACGGGAUGUUGGUAGCAGACACAGGACUGGGUUUUACGUCGUUGGUAAUUGUUUUCGAUGAUCGUUUGUUCACUUUUGUUUCUUCAAUAAGGAAGUUUACGCGACGUAAUUCGCAAUUGUAGUAGUGGUUGUGUGUUUUGUGGCUAAAAACACGAGGGCUUGUGUAUUGUGAAGAUAAUACCCUUUAAGUCCUGUUACAAUGGUGCGUUACGCACGUGCGAAGGGAUCAAAGGCUUCGAAUGAAAAACUUCCAGAAGAUGCUACACCAUGGCAAGUAAUGAAAAAGCAGAUGACUGAUGCUCAGCAACCUAAGGUUGAACCCAUACGAAAUGUUAACGAAUUUUUGAAAAAAAAGAGUACUGAUGAAACAAGCGCUGAUACAACAUGGGCAGUGUUUGAAGAGACAAAACAAAAAAAACAACAUAAAGACAAAAAGAGGCAACUUCCCACUGAAGCUGAGCCAGUGUUGAAAAAGAAGAAAAAGCAAAAACAGAAAGGUUUGUCUGAAAAUGAUACAAGUUUAGGUGAUGUAGACGGCAAGUCUUCUAUGCCGCAACAUAAAAAGAUCAAGAAAGAGAAAUCUGAAUGGAUGACAACAGCAGUGGAAGAGUUUUCAGAGGUCCAAAAGUCUCCCAAAGGACCAAAAUUGGAUUCUCCUAUAUGUGAAUUUGGAAAGAAACCUAGUAGAGAAGGAAAAUUUGAAAGGAAUAAGAAUUUUAGGAAAUUUGGUAAAAAGGGUAUUGAUGGGAAGCCUAGUUUUAAGUCUCGAAAGAACAAACAGUCUCAAGAUCAUCCAAGAAGAAAACCUAAGAAAGAAACUUUCACUAUUAAAUUAGGUCAUAAGGAAGUGGAACUUCGCUAUUAUGAUGGGUUUCCUAUCAGAGUAGAAGAUUGGGAGCGUCUUACUGAGCUUGAGCAGAAGUUGAGACAAGAAAAUGUUCCAGAGGAACAAAUUCGGGCUACUAUGAAACUGCAGCGCCGACGAGCGGAAAAGUCAUUGACAUACGAACGGAAAAAGGUCUGUUUCGUUUGCCGAGAACCUGGCCAUUUGUUGUCUGAAUGCCCUUCAGUUGGACAAGCUCCGUUUGGAAAGAAAAAAGAGAGCGAUCUACCUGACUCCAAAACUGCAGGGAUGUGCUAUAAAUGUGGCAGCCUGGAACACACACAUUUUGAAUGUAAAGUUGUCGAGGGAGCUACUUACAAGUUUGCCAAAUGUUUUAUAUGCGGUGAACAAGGCCACAUUUCACGACAGUGCCCUGACAACCCUCGAGGCCUUUAUCCUAAGGGUGGUGGAUGCAGUGAAUGUGGAGAGGUAACACACUUCAGGAGGGAUUGCCCAACCCAUUUGAAAGAGAAACAAGAAAGUGCACUUACAGUGCCAACUUUGAAACAAGAGGAUGCUUUAGAGGCACUGGAUGUGGGUAGUGACAAUACCCAACAAAUUCCAAAGACACCAAAGAAAUCUAAAAAGAAAAUUGUUAAAUUCUGAAGAUUUGGGAGAAAAGUUGAAAUCAAAAGGGAGUGAUGGGGUAAAAGAAAGCUGUGCUUUUGAAUCUAGCAAAGCAGUUUUGUUGGACGUUUGAAAAGUUACUUGCUAGAAAAUAAGAUAAUAUGAUGCAUUUGUACAAUUUUAUUAAUUUUAACAGAUUUUAUCUCCUUAUGUUGAGAAAAGUUGUUGAAAUGAGCGUGUUCCUGUUCAAAGAAUGGUAUACGACAUUUCAUGCUUUGAAUUCCAGCUCCCAACCUUGAGGAGUCACUAUAUUUAAAUUGUCCAAUAUGGGUCUGUAUUUUCUCGGUCUGCACAGUGAUUCUAAAGGGUUCUGUAGGUUUUGAGUCCCAGUGGUGGCGGCUUUUUGACACUAGCUACAUAACAAGGUCAAAUUCAGCUGCCGUGUGAAGGAAAGGUUAAGCAGUUGGCUGCUCUGACGGUAGUGUUUUGUGGUUUCUCUCAUCAAUAGCUGACAAAAGUCUGAACAGUGGCAAGAAAUGGGCCUCGGUCUGCACCAAUCAGUCAAUCAAUUGAUAAUUUCUUGUGUAGGAUAGUAUAAUUUGACACCACUGUUUUCAAGAAACAAGUUGUAAAUGCUAGAACAUUGAAUAACAUUGUCAUUGUUGUCUGUACUUGUAUUCAUUUGGAUUAUAAGAAGAGCUACUUAUUCUCCAUAAAAGCCAAUAAUCUAAUUUUGCCCGAAUUGUCAGAUACCAUUAUUUGCACUCGAUCGGCUGAAAUGCUAAGUGGUAUGGAGGGAAAAAUUCAUGAAAACUGUAAUAAUAGAAACUGUUCGUAUUGGGUAAAGUUGAUAUUUUGGUGUACCCAGAGUAAUGAAUGGAUUAUUGUUGUAUUGUUUAAUUAUGAUAACUUUGAUUUGCUAAAUGUAAAUUUGGUGUAAGAUAGCAAUGCAUUAAAUUUGACUUCAAAAUUACUGUGAAAUUAUGUUGGUGUUGUUUUUUAUGGGUGACCUGUCAUUAGUUUUCAUGUAACUUUAUUUUGAUGUUUAUAUCUUAUAAUGGCCAUUGCUCUUUACUGUAAAAUAUCUUGGUCAUGUGCAUAAUGUAUAUAUGUUGAUGUAAGAACGUAAUAUCUUCACGAGUUUCAGAACCAUGUGACGGGGAGAGAUGUUCCCCCUUUGAAACAUUUUGAAAUUUUCUCUGCAGCCUUGCUUAAUAAAACCAUUUUAUCUCCUUAAAUAUGUGCAAUCUCCUUUUUAAUCAAUUUGUGCAAGAGUUUUACAUAUGUGAAAAAGGCUCUCCGAGCCGUCUGGGCAACAUGAAAUCAGUUGUAUUGAUUAAUUGG